GAUGACUUCAAUAAUAUUAAUAAUAGUGGCAUUUAGUAUAUUAGGGAAUGCAAAUUUUAUUCCUAAUGUUUAGUGUUCAUGCUAAUAGAUGAUAGAAUAGAAAGAUUGUUCAAAUAAAGCUGAUUGCUAAUGGCAACAAAUAGAAAUGGAUCCAUUUAAUGGAUAUUGUGAACAAAAAUCUUGUUAAUACUUGACUUAAUAAUAAUGCCAAUUAAGUUAUUCAUGUUACUACUAACCAGGAUAACCAGGAUAAGAAUUUUGUUUCCCAUUUAAAAAAUGUUAAGAUUUAGUGUUAGCGGCUAAUUAGACAUGUUAAGAAGCUAAUGUAAAGUGUGUACCAUCAAACUAAUUAAAUCCAUAAUGUAUACCAGGAGGAUAUUCUUGUAGUUCAUUAGAGACUUAAGAAACAUGUUAACCAGCAAAAGGUUUUACAUUAGCAGGUGAAGGUCUUUGUUAUUGGAAUGGAUAAUCGUGUAAAGUAAUAACAAAUUGUGGAGAAGUAUAAACUUAGACUUAAUGUGAAAUGUAAUUUUUAAAUAGAGCCUGUUUAUGGACAGGUUAAACAUGUGUUGCUUAAUAAUGUUCUAAUUUCAGUUCUGGAAAUUGUACUUAUAUUUUAAAUAAUCCAAUGAGUGGUUCUGCAAUAUAGCCAUGUUUCUGGAAUAUUGAUGAUCAAACUUGUACACCUACAAAUGCUAAUUAAUUAACACUUGAAGAUUGUGCAAAAAAUACUGAUUUUCAUUAUAGAUGGGCACCUAUAAAUACUAUUCAAGGAAUAUGUGCUGAAUGUAAUUCAUAAAAAUUUAUAUAUCGUAAUUAAUGUGAAUGCAAAUAGUUAUUAUAAUAAUAGGAAUGCAUGAGUUCUCCGGGUUGUAUCUGGGAACCAAGUUAAAAUGGUUAAUUUGGUUCUUGUUUAUAAAACACAUGUAUUAAUAUUACCAAUUAAUAAACUUGUGCUUAAAUUUAAGGUUGCUAUUGGAAUACUUCAAUUGCUUCUUCUGUUUGUACAGUUUUUAGUAGUUGUAGUGCAAUUUUAGGUAAGAAUUCAUAAGCCUGUUUAUAAUAAUCAAUUUUCUGUCCAGGAUCAAAUGGAAAAAACUGUUUAAAUUAAUUUUCUAUGUUAUCAUGUUCUGAACUUUAAAAAGAACCUAAUAUUUGUUAUAAUUCAAUUGGUAAGGAUGGAUAUUGUAUAUAUAAUGUUUCAACAAACGAAUGUUAGAACUUAACUUCAUGUGGAAUAUUAACUUCAAUAUAAUAAUGCAAUUAAUUUGCUCAUUCUUGUAUUUGGAAUGCUAAUACUUAUGAAUGUUAAUAAAAAACAUGUUCUAAUUAUUUAACUAAAGAAAGUUGUAAUUUUGUUCAAAAUAGUUUAAAUAUAAAUGUCUUAAAUAUUUGUUCUUGGAAUUCUGAUACCAAAAUAUGUUAUGCUUAUGAUAAUUCAUUAAAAUAUGAUAUUAAUACUUGUUUUAAUUAAACUGGAAGAACUCAUCAUUGGAGUGAACCAUUAAAUGCUUCGAAUGGAUUAUGUUUACCUUGUCGUUACUCUAGUUUAUUGAAUAUCAAAUCUGAUUGCUCAUGUUCUGAUUUAAUCAAUUAUACAGAUUGUGCAUUAUCUUCUCCAAAAUGUUUCUGGAAUUCUACUGCUACUACAAAAUGUCAAAAAUAAGUUUGUACUUAAUUAACAAAUUAAGGUUCAUGUGCAAUUAGUAAAAAUUGUUAUUGGAAUAUUUCAAAUAAUAAAGCAAGUUGUCAAAAUAUAAAUUAAACUGAUACGACUUGUGCUACUAUAAAAGCAAAUACCUAAUAAGAAUGUUUAAGUUAAUCUAUUUUAUGUGCAGGAAUUAACAAUGGCUAUUGUUCAUCCACUCUUAAUUCUUGUAGUGAAUAUUAAACAUUUUAUUAAUGUUUUGGUUCUGUUGGCACUGAUGGAAUUUGUUAAUGGAAUCAAACUUAAACAACAUGUUUAGGUAUCAAUAAUUGUAACAUGAUUACAACAGAAAUCUAAUGUUCAUUGCUACUGAAUACUUGUUAUUGGUAAACUUUAAAUGGAAAUUCAUCUUGUACUCCAUAUAAUUGUUCUACCUUAUAUGCUUAGACUAAUAAUUGUGAUUUCUAUUUAAGUACACCAAAUCAAAAUUAUGAGAUUAAUUUAUGUUACUUAGAAGGAUUAUCAUGUAACUCUGCACAUAAAAGCCUUAUCAAUUUAACUUCAUCUAAUUGCUAUGCUUCAUCAGGAGGUACAGCCAGAUGGAAUGCAAGUGGAACUGGAACCUGUUAAUUGUGCUACACACAAAUUAUUAGCAUCCUUUUCCUUGUUCUUAUUUACAUGAACUGAAAAUUUUAUCUUUAAAAAUCC